AUGAACACAUUUGGAAGCAAUUUUAAAGAAGAGAGAGAAAAAAGAAGGAACAAAAAAUAUUAUACAAACAAAAACAACGAUUUUAAUAAUUUAGGAAAAAAUAAUAAAGUAAAUAUUAAGAAUAUUAAAACCUUGUAUAAUAUUUUUUCUUAUGUUGAAAAAGAAAAUACACAAGAAAAUGAUAAUAUUUUAUUCGAUAAAUAUCAAGUUAAUUCACAUAUAAACGAAUCCUCAAAUAUAAAACAAACAAAAAUUUGUAACAAAUCAAAAUGUAAUUAUGAUCAAAGUUAUGCUGAUAGCUAUGAUUUUUAUCAUACAGAUAAUAUUAAAAAAAAUAAUAAAAAUCAAAAUGUAAAUAUGAAAGAAAAUUAUUCACUGCAUACUUUAAAUAAACAUCAUAUACAUAUACAUGAUAACAAAAAUAAUGAGGAAUAUAAUAUUCUUAAUAUACAUUUACAAAACGAAGAAAUAGAAAAAAAAAAAAAAAAUUACACAACCCACUGUAACAUAAAGGACAACUUAUUCAAUCUUGAAAAUAAAAAUAUACACAAUAAAAUUCAAGAGGAAAAAUUUCAUAAUCUUAUAGAUAUUCAAAACACAGACGACAACAAAGAAUUUAUAUACAAAAAGAAGAGUAAUAAUAAUAAUAAUAAUAAUAAUAAUAGUAAUGAAAGCAAAAUAAAUAAUCCAGAGGAUGUUUCUGUUCAAACACAUGCACAUAAAAAACAAAAAGAAUCAUCUUUUAUUAAUGGAACAAACGAAAAUUUGAUAAACUGGUCAAAUGAAACCAAUAAUAUAAAAAGUCCAAAUAACAUAAAUCACGUUUAUAACAUUUAUGAUAUUAAUAAUGUUGACAAUAUAAGUAAUAAUAAUAAUUUAAAUAAUUCAUUAGAUAUUUUAUUAAAUCUUGAUUUUAAUUAUAACGAACAAAAUAAACAUAUCAAUAAAUAUAACGAUUAUAUAAAUAAUAACACAACAAAUGAAAACGAUACAUAUUCAAUAUUCUCAUCUUUAGAAAAAAAAAAUGAACAAAUGGAAAAAAUAAAUCAUGAUAUUUUUUCAUGCAAUAUGUUACAAAAUGAAAACAAUAUAAUCCAAAAAAAUGUUAUUGAUCAUCAUGAUCUUCAUAAUAGUUCUAAUUAUAUUAAAAUAAAUGAUAAUAAUAUUCAUACAGUUCCUUAUAAUAAUAUUAAUUUAAUAAAUGAAGAUAUAUUUUUUACUAAAAAUGGAACAGAAAUAAAAAAUAUGUCCAUUAAUGAAAAUCAUUCUAUACAGAAAAAUGAAAAUAAUAAUUCUACAAAUCAUUCUAAUAAUAUUAAUUUAUGUACUCAUAAAGAUAUUCUUCAUAAACAUACCACGCAAAAUGAAGUCUACAAAAAUGAAAUGUAUGAUUUUCUCAAUUUACAAAUGAAUGAAGAAAAUAUAUCCCAUAAUAAUACAUACACAUAUGAACAUAAUCAAAAUUUAAACAUAGAAAGAUUUCAAGACAAUACCUUCAUUUCUUAUGAAAAAGAAAAAGAAAAAGAAAAAGAAAUAAUAUUAACAGAUAAGAAAUCCUUUGAAAAUAAAUCAAACCAAAUAAAUUCAGAUAUUCUUCAUUUUAAUUUAAAAGAUUGGGAAGAUAUUUAUAAUGGUAAAAAGGAUCCAAAAGGGGAAUAUAUUUUGGAUGUGAAAAUGGCUAGUCAAAAUGUAAAAAUGGCUAGUCAAAAUGUAAAAAUGGAUAAUCAAAAUGUGAAAAUGGCUAGUCAAAAUGUGAAAAUGUCUAGUCAAAAUGUGAAAAUGUCUAGUCAAAAUGUGAAAAUGUCUAGUCAAAAUGUGAAAAUGUCUAGUCAAAAUGUGAAAAUGUCUAGUCAAAAUGUGAAAAUGUCUAGUCAAAAUGUGAAAAUGUCUAGUCAAAAUGUGAAAAUGUCUAGUCAAAAUGUGAAAAUGUCUAGUCAAAAUGUGAAAAUGUCUAGUCAAAAUGUGAAAAUGUCUAGUCAAAAUGUGAAAAUGUCUAGUCAAAAUGUGAAAAUGUCUAGUCAAAAUGUGAAAAUGUCUAGUCAAAAUGUGAAAAUGUCUAGUCAAAAUAUUCAAAUGAAUAGUCAUAAUGUGCAUACUUUUAGUGACCAUGUACAAAUGGACAAACACAGCAUCGCUAUAAUUAAUGACAACAUUGAUUUAAUUAAUGAUAAUGUUGGUACAUCUUGUGACAACGUUCAAUUUCCUAUUGAAAAAAACGAUAGAGUAAAGGAUAAAUUUUACGAAAACUGUGAUGAAUUAUUUUAUGAGAAUAUUCAGAAUGUUGAUCAAAAUAUAUAUAGGAAAGAUUUUUUUUUUUUCAAUGAUUAUAAUAAUGACCAUGAAAUUUAUUGCGAAAAUUUCUCUCGAAGUAUAUAUGAAAAGAGUUUACGUAAUGAAAAAGAGGAGAAAAUAAAAAAUGAUAAAUUAAUAGAAUUAAGUGAUGAUAUCUAUUCAUUAAAAGAAAGUUAUGAAGGGAGUGAAGGUGUUGUUAUACAUAAAAAUAAAAUUAAAAGUGAUGAUGAUACGUUUUCAUUGGGUAUGAAUGAAAACAAUUGUUAUAUUAUUUCAAAAAGUAAUAAUAUGGAAGAGGUGGAGGCAAAAACAGAUUUGUCUUAUGAUAUGAAAGAGUAUUUUAUAUUUGAAAAAAAUGAAAAUUUUUAUGGUGAAAAAAUAUAUGUACCAUAUGAUAUACAAAAUAAUAUUUCAUCUGAUUGUGCAAACAUAUCUUCAGAAAAAAAUAUAAUGCCCCAAGAAAAUAUAAACGUCAUAUGUGAUAAGAGUAAUAAUAUAUUUAUGAAUGGUCAAUAUAAUAAUCAUAUGAUACAUAAAAAGGAUGAUGAUAUUGGGAUACAUUGUAUGAACUAUUUUAUUGAGAAAAAAAAACAGCCACAAAUAAUAAAUGACAAUGAGAAUAAUUCUUUUUUUGAAAUAAUUGAAGAAAUAGAAAAUAUUAGUAAAGAUAUUAUAGGAAAUAAUAUUAAUGAUGAAAAUAAUUAUUUGGAAUUUUCUAAGGAUAUUAUAAAUGAAAUUAAAGAGGAUGAUAUGAAAAAGUGCAAUGUGCAUGAUCAUUUUAAAGAUCUUGAAAAUGAACAGGUUGGAAAUAUACAAAUGAAUAGUAAUACGAUAGUAAAUAAUAAUAUUAUAAAUAAUAAUAUUAUAAAUAAUAAUAUUAUAAAUAAUAAUAUUAUAACAAGUGAUACUCUGGAUACUAAAAAGGAUACUCUAGAUAUGUACAAUAAAAAUAAAAAUUUGGAUGAUCAAACUAAUAAUCAAAUGGAUAAUCAAAAGGAUGAUCAAACUAAUAAUCAAAUGGAUAAUCAAAAUGAUGAUCAAACUAAUAAUCAAAAGAAUAACCAAAUAAAUAACCAAACGAAUAAUCAAAUGGAUGAACAGAUGGAGCAUGUGAACCGUCCAAAGGACAAUAGUCAAAAUAUGCACACCCAAAUUUGUAAAGAAACAAAUGAAAGUCAUUAUACCUUAUUAAAUUAUUUCGAAAUAGAAAAUAAAAAAAGAAAAAUCCAAAAGGAAAACCAAAAGGAUCCAUUUAAUUUGUCUAUUCGUUAUGAUACUUAUAAUGAAUAUGAUUUAAAAUGUUAUGAUGAUAUUUACAAUAUUUUAAUGAAAAAAAAUUAUUUAGAUAUCUUUCCUAUUUUUGAAGAAAAUAAAAAAAACAACUUUCAUCAUAUGAACAUCAAAGAUUUCCAAAUAUUUUUAAGAAAAGAAAAAAAUAUAAUGAAAAGUGGUUUUAAUGAAAUGUAUGAUUAUAAUGAUUAUAUACAUUUUUUCAUUGAAGAUAUUUUUCAUAUGAAUAUCAAAGACUUUUUCUUUUUUAACAUAUAUAUAGAUAACAUGAAUAAGUGCAUUACAAAAAAGAAUAUUUUAAUUAAUAAUAUUAGCAAUUCACAUAAUUUCAUUAACGAUUUUUAUCAAAAACAUGAGAAGAUACUUACAUUAGAUAUCUUUUAUAAAAAUAUAAGCUAUUCACUUUACUUUCUUAUUUUUAUAAAUUUAUUAACACAACUAUGGGAAAAAUUAUCAUUCGAUAUAAAAAAAAUGAACGCUAAUAAAUUAUUAAAAUCCUUAAUUAAAUAUGUAAACAAGAAAAAAAUAGUUCACGUGCUAAAAUGUACUUACUUAUAUCUUUAUAACAUAUAUGAACAAUUAAACAAAACAUCUAUUGAUGAAAAGAAAAAAAAAAAAAUUAUUAAAAUUAUUAAAAAAAGUAAAAGUUUUAAAUCAAUUAAAAAAAAUAUAUACAAAAUUAAUAACUCCUGUUUUCAUUUGUUACUAUUUUUCUUGCCACUUUCUGUUCCUCCAUUUAAGAGUAAGAUUAAUAUUUAUGAACACCUUUUAACCUAUUUUCUUAAAAAUAUUAAUAAAAUGAUUUUCAAAUAUAUAAAGGAUGAUAAAAAAGGUUCUUUUUUUACUAAGUUUGAAAUGCAAGAAUUCAAGAAGGGUAACCAUCGUCGUCACAAUAAUAAUGAAAAGAAAAAUUAUGCUGACGACACAAAAAAGGGAAUUGAAGAAAAUAAUAAACACGUUCAAAAUAAUAUUUAUUAUAAUGCUAAAAAUAUGGAAAAUUAUGUUGGAAAUGAAAAUAUUUGUACACAUCAAGACAAGGACCAGAAUAUAUGUACAGGUCAGGUAAAUGUAAAAAAAAUAUGUACAGGUCAGGUAAAUGUAAAAAACAUAUGUACAGAUCAAGAAGAUGAUAAUUUAAUUAUGGAGAAAGAAAAUAUAAGUAAUUUUUCUUGUUUUCUUAUUUCAAAUGGCGAUCCUUUAGAAAAUGUAGAACGUUUAAGUAUAGAUAAUAAUGGAGAAUAUGAAAGUUCAUUAACAAAUGAGGAGGAAAUAAAAUGUAUAGAAGAAAAGACAGAUUCGUUUUUUAUAAAAAAUAGUAUUGAAAAAGAAUUGGAUAGAAAUAUGAAAUAUAUAGUUGAUAAUGUUAUACAAAAUAGUAGGAAGAACAUAUGUUUAUUAAAAAUAAAAAGUUUAGAAGAAUUAUUUCUGUAUUGUUUUGAAAUUAAUAAAAAUGAUUAUAUGUGUAUAAAUAAUUUAACGAAUGCGAUAAGGUAUAUAAAAGUUACAGAUAAAAUAGAAAAAAUGGAGAAAUCAUUUGAAUCCUAUAUAAAAAGAAAUAUCAAUUUUUAUAAUAUAUUUUUUAAAGUUAUAAUUCCUCUUUUGAAUAGAAUAACAAAUAUUUUUGAAAAUUUGGAAACCUUAUUUACGUUAUAUAUAAAUUAUAAUAUUAACAAGAAAAAAAAAAAAUUAUUUUAUUUUUACGACCCAUGGUUAUAUGGUUAUGAUUCAUUUUUAUCGUUUAUACAAUUGGACGAUAAAAAAAAUGUGAAUGAAAAUAAUAAGGAUUUAUUUUAUAAAAAAAAAAAAAAUUAUAUAAAUGAAGGAAAAGAAUAUAAUAAUAAAGAUGAAAGUGGACAAAAUUCGGAAAAUGAUUUAUAUCUAUAUGAUAUGGUUAUAGAAAAUAUAGAUGACUUUUUAACAUACUUUCGAGGCCUUGAUAAAAUUUUUAUUUCAAAAAAUAUAUUUGAUACUCUUGAUAAUAUAUAUAGUAUAAAAAAUACUAGUCAUUUACUUUCUAUUAUUAAGAAUAACAAAGCAAAAAUAAAAAUAAGAACCAAAAAUAAAGAAAAAAUAAACCAAGGAUUGAAUAAAUUAAAUAUGAGAAUAUAUUAUUCACAUAUCUUAAAUCUGUGUAACAAUGAAAGUUAUAUAAAAAUAAAUACUAGAGCACUAAAAUAUUUAUUCUUUAAUUUGUAUUUUAAUUAA